AUGGCGACUCUCAGCGACGAUGAUGUUGAGAAGCUAUUCUCCGGUGCCCCCCAGUAUUUUGCUCGCUCCGAGGGCCAUUACACCGGUGCUCCACAUCCCUCGGUCGCUUUCCCAUGGGAUGAAUCUCUCGAGAUCCGCGAUCUGAACGACCAUGUCCAGAUCGAGGACGCCGCCUGGAGCUGCAUCACUGCCUGGCCUCACGUCACGAGAGACAUGAACUCGAACCCUGCCGCAAUCAGAUGCGCCAGAGAGAGAAAGCGAGCCCACUUCACCCCGCGAUGCCGAGAACGUCCUAACAUGCUGAGCAUGCAAGGAUUGGAGAAGGGCACCAUGGGGUACCAAGCUGCUCUCGAGAUGCCCGUUGGCGAUGCUCUCCAGGAAGAGCAAUUCGGCUUCGGCAGCCUCGGGCCCAAGGCCAAUGCCAUCAUCGAGCAGCGCAAAGGGAUGCUGGCCUCCAAAGACGGCCUUCGCCGCCUUGAUGAAACGGCCAUCUUGGAUCAGCUCAUCAAAAACAGCGAGAGGUACAAGGAGAACCAGCUUCACGGGAAGAUCCACAACACCUUGUACAAUGAGCUUUUCCUAGGCAUCUUGCAUCCCCCUACCCGUGUCGUCGACCACCAAGAUCCAUACAGUCUUUCUGUGCAGAUCCAGGCGCUUGUCAAGGUCCUUGCAGCACCCAAUGUCUGGAUAGACUUCUCUCACGUUGAAUGGAGGAUCCGCUUGGGCCAGAUCUUGUGGGGCUCUUUUGAGGGCGACGACGUCGAAACCGACAUCGACAUUGAGGAUGCCGAAACAAACGAAGAGCGCAGGGAAGAGCGGUAUUGGCUGUUGCUCCAGAUCCUCCUCUCAUGCGAGCUCCUCAUCAGACUAGACGCAAUCACGGAGGGCGAAGAGCUGGGCAUCGAAAGCAUUAGACCAGCCGAGAUCAAGCGAUUCGAAAAGGAUGCGAACGCGACAGUCAAGUGGUCGUUACACCUUGCACGGGCUUGGCUCGAGAACAUUGAGAUAACCGAGAGGAAGGUCGAUCCGGCCAACACCCAAAAGCGCAACUCGGGUGGGUGGCUCGCAUCUUUGACAGGGAAAAUGAGUUUGCAACCCAAUAACAUUCACGCUCAUCCACACGAUGACGUCUCUGUCUACACCAUCCAGGGACGCUACAGCGAACGACAGGUCAACGGUCUGACCAACUUUGCGAGGAAGCUACGCUGGCCCGACAUUGAAUCAGACUCUUACGCCGAGCAGAUAUCGGAAACGGCCAACAAGGUCUCGGAGGCUACGCCGAUUCACACACCCGCAGAAACACCAAUGAGUAUCGAUACGACGAGGUCGUCCUAUUUCGGGGGCGGCCGAACUGAAGCAAAGGUCACUCGCCAUCCGUCCGGAAGGCACAGGAUCUCUGCUGCGUUGCACCCGUCAGGUUGGUUGUCAAAAUCUUACGUAUCCGGCUUGGUGCUGCCCGGUGAAGGGUUAUAUCACUUGAUCAUGUCCACUCUGUUGGAGAACGACAAGGAGGCAAUGGCCAGACUGGGCCCGAUGGCCAACCUCUGCGGUGGGUUUGUGUACCGUGGAAAGAGUUUCUGGAGUACAGCAUGCAUCAUCGGCCGCGUUCUGGCCGCUGGUAAGGGUUCUGCUCAGUGCAUGGGAUGGAUCUCUAGCGACAUUACCCCUCAAGGCCACGGGGACGGCUGGGUCAACAUUGACGUGGCUGAAGUAUCAGAGGACAUGAAGAAGACUGGCAGACAGGCCAGGCUCUGGGCAAAGGCCCGUGUCGAGCGCGAGUCCAGUAUCUUGGGCGACGGGGAUCCCAGCUCGGUACUGCCCGCCGACUUUAUCAUCCCUUAUGAAAACAACUAUCCCGAGCCGCCCCCUAGCCUGAGCAUCUCGUUGCUAUCCCUCAACCUUUCCUCACCCGUGGAUUCGGCCCUGUCCACUCCGACAGAAGAAACAGUGAUGACGCCGUUAUCCGAUGUGACUAGAGCCCCCGAACUCUACACGUACCCGUCGUCUAUCUCGUUCUCCGUCGGCCAACUUGGGGGCGAGGCGAAAGAGCGCGCCUUUGCGCUGACCAAAGACAUACACUUCGUCACAGCCCAUCCAUGCCAUCCGUCUUCUCAUGUGAGGGUUCUGAGGUCGCCAUCUAGUCCUACUAUCCAGCAAAUCGACGUGGACGGCAGCGGCAUCAGCUGCCAGAGCUCCAAGCCGGUCACCAUCACAGGGCAUCCUCUACACAAGUUCUUUACUUACACCGUCAUCCACCUUUCGGAGCUCCUCGAGAAGCCCGACGCCUCACUGAAAGAUCUCCUUCUCAACGCUUCAUCCGUUCGACGGCCCUCCUACACCCCCAACGCGAACACCACACCCCGUGUUCUGGUGAUUGACUGCAUAACCGGCUUCAAGCGUCAGCCCCCCACGCAGGAGACCCCUACCUCUCCCAUCCUCGAGCGUACCGCCAACGGCGCCAACCCCGCGACGACGAACAUGCACCUCGAGUCCCGGCGUCGCCAGUUUGGCAGCGAUAUGGAGAUUCUAGUCCGCGCCUUUUGCGCGGAGAAGGGCUGGAACGCCAUCAUCUCAAGGCGCAGGCGGGGCUGCCUCGCUUGCGCCAUCAGAGAGGCCGGCGCACUUGCCUGGAAGGUCAUCAUCCGUGUUGACUAA